CUUUAGUAGACCAAUAAAGGUAGAUUAUUUCAGGUGUAACACUUUGACAUGGAGGACCAGCUGUCAAGGUGAGUAACUCCAUUCGAUAUCUGUCAAGAGGACACCUGUCAUCUAUAUAUACCCUGUAGAUCCGGAUUUGUGUGAACAGACACACAGUCACAAAUUCGUAUCUAGGGGAGUAUGUAGUUGAUAUAUAGACCGCAGUGCAACGUCAACGGAUAAAGAAGACAAAAAAUAUAUAGCUUUCUGUUUUUUGUUUAUUUAAAUAAUACACGCCUGUUCAUAAAAAUGUGUCCGCAACAAAUGGCAGCUGUAGUUGUAGUUUUUCUAUAUUGCAUUUUUUUUUUUCGUUCGUUUCGUUGAGUUAAAUACCAAUGAUUAUCAGGAUAGCAUGUACCUGGAAUCGUUAAAAGCAAGGCAACAGUAAAGUACAAGCAAUGGUAACAGUUAAUGGUCAAUUAUACUUAGAGUGUAAAUCAAAAUGGAGAAUAAACGUGCUCUUUGUAUAGGGAAUGACUGCAGAGUGAGCUUAAAUGCAAAAUACCUUAGUUUUGAUUUAGGAGGCUUUGUAACCUGAAUUAGUUGAUGAAUUUUCUAUCGAUCCUAAACAAGCCCAGAUUUAUCUCUGACACACAGAUCACGCCACCUCCAUUCUAUCACCAUUAUUAGCAAGAACAUUUAAAAGCUUGGUCAGAAGGAGCGGUUUGUCCUUUCCCUUGGUAUCGCUUUUCAUGAUUACUGCCCGAAGUAAAUGAGUUUCCAAGUCAAGAACAUUUGAACCACAUUUUUGGAAAGGAGUAUGUGCGUUCUCAUUUAACUGAGGUACUCAAGACGAAAGAGAGGGGGAGUCGGUUAGUCUCGGAGGUCUUUGCUUUUGUAAAAGUCCAGCCAGGCUUUAUCGGCACAUCAGUUUCCGCUAAUGAGUGUUUUGUUUCAACUGCCAGUUAGUUCAAUUCAAACUAACGAAUUAAAAUAUGAUGCGUGGUUAUACUGUCCCAAACUCUGCGCUGAUACUGAACACAAUCUAAACUGCUUUUUCUCGUUUCCUAAUCCGGGAAUUGGAAGGAUGCACGUCAUUGGCUACUGCUGUCACGUGGACUCUUAACUUUGUUCACUUGACAGAAAGUAGGAGGGUUUUACGAAACAGGAAAACGAGUAAAGGGAUAGAUAUAAAUUUUAGUAUAUUUUGUGUGCAAUUCAAAGAAAUUAAUGGCCAUGAGUUCCUAUUUGAUCAACUCUAACUAUGUGGACCCCAAGUUUCCACCGUGCGAAGAGUACUCCCAAAGCGAUUACCUUCCCAGUCACUCUCCGGACUACUAUAGCGCCCAGAGGCAAGAGCCAUCGUUCCAGCAUGAAUCGAUCUACCAUCAGCGGUCGGGCUGCGCUGAUCCACCCUACUCGUCGUGCCAGGGUCCUGGGCAGCCCGCUGUGGUAAUGUCUCCUCGGGGUCAUGUACUAAACCCGGCUGCACUCUCGACCCCUCUCCCAGAACCAAGCCAUCACUGCGACUCGGUAACUCCUAGCCCUCCGCCUGUUUGCGGUCAAACCCCUAUUAACCAAAGCCCUGCUUCGGUCACUUCUCGAAAGGAUCCCGUGGUGUACCCCUGGAUGAAAAAGGUUCACGUAAAUAUCGUGAGCCCGAACUAUUCGGGGGGAGAACCCAAGCGCUCACGCACAGCUUACACGCGACAGCAAGUUCUCGAGCUGGAAAAAGAGUUCCACUACAACCGCUAUCUUACUCGCCGGCGCAGGGUGGAAAUCGCACACACCCUAUGCCUUUCUGAACGGCAGAUAAAGAUCUGGUUUCAAAACCGGCGUAUGAAGUGGAAGAAAGACCAUAAGCUGCCCAACACAAAGAUCCGCUCCAGCAGUUCGGCCAACUCGAGUUUAAACGGCGGCCCGUUGUGCAGUAAUCAGAACCGUGUUAGCGGACCCCCACAGACUCUAUAGCUUGC